UCGUACUCGUAGUCGUACUCGUUGGCUCUGCUAAAACUCCCUAAUAAACAAGCGUUCCUGCAAGUUCGAAUCAAGGAAGGUGACAGGGAUGCACUACGAUUCCACUGGAGCCCAGAUGCAGCUCGUGAAAUUGAAACACUGAGGUUUACAAGAGCGUUGUUCGGGUUAACGUCAUCGCCGUUUCUCCUUGGGGGAGUGAUUGACCAACAUCUCACCUGUUGGGAAAACCGCAGACCAGAAGUGGUAACUGAAUUGCUCAAAAGCCUAUAUGUAGAUGAUCUAGUAAGUGGAACGACAACGGUAGCAAAAGCGCGCGAGUUGAAGAAAGAAGCAAUAGAAAUCUUUAACGAUGCGACGUUUACUCUGCACAAAUGGCACUCGAAUAAGAAGGAGUUAGAAGACAUGAAUUGCAUCACCGAUGAAGAAACCUUUGCAAAGCAACAACUAGGAACACCUAGUGAGGAAGAUGCGAGUAUUCUGGGAUUAGGUUGGUCAAAGAAUAAGGACGAGAUAAAGGUCAUAGUUCCUUCAACUGUAGCUACUACAACAAAACGAGGAAUUUUAAGCAAACUGGCUCAGAUCUACGAUCAACUAGGGUUACUGUCGCCAAGAACGUUGCAGGGAAAAUUAAUAUAUCGUGAAGUGUGUGAGAUGAAAUUACCGUGGGAUGCACUAUUAUCUGACGAACAAAAGGCUAAAUGGACGAACUGGGAAAAACAAUUGCCAAACAAUAUUGCUGUACCUCGUUCAAUCCACACCUUCCAAGAAGAGAUCGACUCAAUAUCGCUGCAUGCGUUUGGAGACGCGAGCGGGAAAGGAGUGGCAUCAGUUGUUUAUGCUGUUGUCAAGCAAUCCUCUGGUUCAACACAAGGCAUCAUAACAGCAAAGGCCAGAUUAGCCAAACAAGGAAUAACAAUCCCCAGGUUGGAGUUGGUCUCAGCGCACAUGGCUUGUAACAUUGUGGACAAUGUACGGAAGGUCCUAAGUGAAUUCCCAGUGGAAGGAACGUAUGCCUGGCUCGACAGUACUGUGGCACUGCACUGGAUCAAAGGAGGAGGAGAAUACAAACAGUUUGUGGCCAACAGAGUCCAAAAGAUCCAGUCCAAACAGGGUAUCGAAUGGCGAUAUGUACCAACCGAUCGAAAUCCUGCUGAUGUGGGAAGUCGAGGUGGCACGGUGAAAGAAAACAAGUUGUGGCUGAAUGGACCACAUUGGCUCCAAAACAUUAAUGAGUGGCCACAAGACAUUGUAACUCAAUCGACCAAAGAGAGUGAGAAGGAAGCAAAGGUCAUAAAUACAGUACUCGGCGUACCAAUGGACAACUCGGAUUGUUUUGAUUACAUCCUCGAGAAGUUUUCGUCUCUGAGGAAAGUUAUGAGAGUGUGUGCUUGGAUAAAGAGGUUUAUCACAAAUGCCAGACGUGUGAACAGCCGAGUAGUUGGACCAUUAACAACUGAUGACAUUGAACGACAGUAUAAAUUCUGGGAGAAAAGAGUGCAGCAAAGUUGUGAUUGUUUAGACGACAAAAGUCGACUUAAUCUUCAAGAGGAUCACGAUGGUAUCAUGGAAUGCAGAGGGCGGAUUCAUGGGCAUUAUCCCGUAUACCUAUCAGACAAACACCUAUUCACAACCAAGCUUGUGGAAGAUGCCCAUCUUCAAACUCUCCACGGGGGAGUUGGGAUGACCAUGGCUCGAGUUCGGGAGCGGUAUUGGGUACCUCGACUAAGGCAAUUAACACGUAGAAUAAUCAAAGCGUGCUAUGGCUGUCGUCGUUUCCAAGCGAAAGCAGUGCAGCAACCACCCCCUGGAUUGUUACCCCAAGAUCGAACUGAAGGAAGUCGCCCGUUCGAAGCUGUUGGUGUUGAUUUCGCCGGACCACUUAAAUACAAAAGAAGAAAAGCUUAUGUCUUACUUUAUGCCUGCAGCCUAACGCGAGCUGUGUAUCUCGAGUUGAUGCCGAGUUCGGAUACCCAACGCUUUAUGGAAAGUUUCAAACAGUUCAUAGCUAGGAAGGGAAGACCGAACAAGGUAUACUCUGAUAAUGCGAAGACUUUUGUUGCAGCAGCAAAGUGGUUACGGGAGGCUCAGAGGGAUGAACGGUUUAACGAGUUUCUCAGCAAGAAUCAGGUGAAAUGGCAGUUCAAUCUAAGUCGUGCCCCGUGGUGGGGCGGUCAAUUCGAGCGCCUAAUCGGAUUGGUCAAACGGGCUCUUCAUAAGACGAUCGGAAAUGGAUUGCUGAAUUGGGAAGAGUUAAAGGAUGUUCUUUUGGAUGUUGAAGUGUCUUUGAACGAUAGACCAUUAAGUUGCAUGGAGGAUGAUAUUCAACUUCCAACAUUGACCCCUAACUCCAUGCUCUUCGUUGGUUGUACAUUCGCACCAGAGCUGGAAGCACAUCACAUAGAAGAAAGGGACCAACGGAAACGGGCUAAGUAUUUAUUGAAAUGCAAGCAAGCUAUCUGGCGGAGAUGGUCUAAUGAGUAUCUAAGAGGAUUGCGUGAGCGUCACAACCAACAACACAAGCAAACAACAUUUACUAUGAAAAAGGGCGAUGUUGUUAUCAUACGAUCAGACGAGAGAAGUCGUAAAUGGCCUCUUGGAAUCGUGGAGGAGUUGUAUAAUGGGCGAGAUGGUGUUGUUCGUGCCGUAAACUUCGUGCGGGGAAAACGUAUUUGGAGAGAGCAGUGAACUACCUUUACCCGCUAGAGCUAUCAUGCGACCGUGUUGAACCGAUCCCCGUGCCAUUGGAUCCCAGAGCACCAGCGUUUAAACCUAAACUAGACGCCGCAGUAGCAGCAGAACAACGUAUCCAGGAAGUAACGGAUUUAGAAGUUUGAAAGAGAUUGGAAGAAGGACAGAAACUUUUGGAAAUGAACAAACACUUUAUUGAACUUUAUAAAUUUUUGUUUUAUUUACAGAAGGCAGUCUCUUAAAGGUUACAUAUACCUUAUAAAUCAAGGUAUAUGGGGGGAGAGUGUCAGAGACUCGCCUUCUUUUAGAUGAGUAGUUGUAACAAACACUUGAGCGCACCAAUAGUAAGCAAGGAAAAUGGUGUGAUAUGCCAAUUGCGAUAGAAGGGAAAAACGUGUUAUUAUUAUUAUCUUGUUGUUUUUGUGGCUGUGAAAUAAAAUAUAUCCUCAUCAAAA